AUGGCUGACAGGAAUGAGGUCAACUGCAGGAAGUAUGGACAGGAUACAUGGUUGGGGAGCUCAACUGGGAACUGCGAGGACGUGGAGAUACAGUUGGAAUCGCAGGGUGAAGAUGGCACCCUUUUGGGAAUGGUAGAGGAGAUUGUUGUGAUCCCUGGUGCGGCUUCGGAGCGAGAGGUUAUCAAGCGGCAUAUGCAUCAAAUACCAUGGGCGUCUAGUGAUCGUCCGGAUCGUGAGGCGUCAUUGAUCCGGGCUCACAGAAGCUCGAUUGCGUUGGAGAAUCGACUGCGGAAAACGCCAGAAGCCCUAGAAGCAUAUCGAGGCUUCGCCAGGCAAGCCAAGGUUGAAGAGAUUAAGCAUGCAUAUGCCCUGCUUCUGAUGGGCGGUCUCUCCGUGGAUAUGCUCUAG